ACAAUAAAAUUUCCUAAUGCCAGGAGAACUGGAGAAGAAGGGGGAAGCUGAAAGGCUUGCGCGCUGGGUAAAAGGGACGCAAUCAAUUGUCCAAAUUCCAAUUUUUAUCAUCAUCACAACACCCACAUGGACAGCCUGUGCCCAACUCCCUUUUGUUUUAAUGCUUAUCAAGCUAGGCUUAGGCAAUAAAAUAGACUACCAAAAUUAACAUAAUCUUUCCUCGCCAUAAUUUCAACAGCAACACCAUUCCAUUAACCUAAUUGAAAGCUCAGGCCCUUCUUGUUUUCCGGAGUGGGGUGGAACCUGCAAAAGUUCCCAAUACUCGUGCCAACUUUUGUCCCUCACUUUCUACCCACCAGAUUUUCUGGUUUUUUCUUUUUCUUGUAAAAUAAUCAUACCCCAUAAAGAAAUCUAAGUAACAGUAGUGCUGAAUGUGUUUAAUUUUGCUAUGGAGGUGUGUCUCUUCUCUUUUCUUCUUCUUCUUCUUCUUAUUCUUUUGUUUGCUCAUGCCCAUUGCAAAUCAGAUAUUCACCUUGGCUACAGAGUUGCCCUUGCUUUUCCUGUUGAGUACAGCGUGGGAUUCAUUGGGAGAGCUUUUUUGAUGGAGACGAACCAAAUGGAGCCCAAUUUUAAGGCUGCACUGAGUGUGGAACCAAUUGAUGGAAAAUAUUCGUGUUCCUUGGAAGUUUUUCUUGGUGAUGUGAAGGUCUGGAAUUCUGGCCAUUACUCUCCAUUUUUCACGUCAGAAAGGUGCGUGCUUGAGCUAACCAAGCAAGGGGAUUUGCAGUUGAAGGGAGAGAAAGAGAGAGUGGGAUGGCGAACUGGGACUUCUGGACAAGGUGUGGAGAUAUUAAAGAUACUGGGAACGGGUAAUCUAGUCCUGGUGGAUGCCCUGAACCUUACAAAGUGGCAGAGCUUCAACUUUCCAACCGACGUAAUGCUAAGGGGACAGAGACUGAAUGUGGCCACUCGCUUGACUUCCUUCCCCACCAACUCAACUGCUUUCUAUUCCUUGGAAAUUCAAUACAACAAGAUUGCUCUCUACCUGAAUUCGGGUCGGUGGAACUAUUCUUACUGGGAAUUUAAGCCUUCCAAGAACAGAAACAUCACCUUUGCUGAAUUAGGCUCAAAAGGGUUAGCGUUAUUCAAUGAUAACCAUCACAAGAUGGCGAAGAUCUCGUUGUCGAAAAGGAUUCACCAUCCCCUGGGAUUUUUAGCUCUGGGCAAUAAAACAGGAAACUUGGGGCUCUAUUUUUACUCGCCUGACAAGCAAAGGUUUGAGGCAGCGUUUCAAGCGCUAAACACCACAUGUGAUCUUCCUCUAUCAUGCAAACCUUACGGUAUUUGUACAUUCUAUGGUACUUGUUCAUGUAUCCAAUUUCUAACAAAUGAAAAGGGGAUGGGUUCUGAUUGUAGCGAUGGUUUUUCCGGUGGGUUCUGUGGAAGAGGUGAGGUAGAAAUGCGGGAAUUAUAUGGCGUUAGCAGCGUUCUAAGGGCUGCUCCUACAAAGCUCAAUAUUAGCAAGGUAGCUUGUGCAAAAUUUUGCCUGCAAAACUGUAAAUGUGUUGCUGCAUUAUACUCCUCUGAGGAGUUAAGAGAAUGCCACCUUUAUGGAGUAGUGAUGGGUGUCAAACAGGUGGAGAGGGGAACAAGAUGGACUUACAUGGUAAAGGUUCAAAAAGGAAGCCAUGUUGGUCAUGAGAAUUCUGGAUUGAAGAAAUGGGUUUUGGCUAUGGUGGGACUGAUUGAUAGUUUGGUUAUUUUGCUUGUUUUUGGGGGGUUUGCCUAUUAUUUGAUUCGAAAGAGAAGAAAUAACACUGCCACCACAGCUGAUAACACCACCUAAAACUGCCUAUGGAAGUGUGAUUCUAAGUUUCUGCGAUGAGAAUUGCAAUUUUACCUUUUCUUUUCCUUUAUACCCUUGUUUAAAGAGACAAGGAUUACGAUUUUGGAUGUCUUCUACAUUUUAUAUUUGAUCAUUCAUAUUGCAGAAAUCGAAUUUUAUGUUUUUAAGCAAGGAAGAAUACAAGUUUUUAGCCAA